UUCCUCCUCAGUCGCGCAGGAUCACUCCCCACAAUAAUACGCACAACGUGGGCGGCGCGUCGAGGAGCAGACGGAUCCACAGCGGAGGCACCACGCACGGGCCAGACGCCGGAUGAGGAGCUGGAGGAGCAGGACGGUGCAGGAGGAAGCUGCGGAGUUGCAUGGAGAGAGGGAGCUUCUGUGCGCGUCUCUCCAAGGUGCGGUCUCCAGCUUAACGCACACUGACGACUUCAUUAGACAUCCAGGGGAAACGGAGAGGACCGGGGAGGACGCCUCAUCCACCCGGGGGCCGAGUGGAACAUCUCUGCCUCCGUGAGCUGAUCGCGACGGAACAUCACCUCUGAUUUCAUCCGGAGACAAUCACGUGGAGACUUCGCUCCUAAAAAAACACCUCAUCUCUGGCUGAUGCGACUUUUCCUCAGAGCAGAGACUCGGAGGAUUGUCCCUGUGCAGAGUGGAGGACACAAAACACAACUCUUGGCACAAACACGUUCAGUUCACCCAGGAACAGUAUGUGAGAAAUAAAAAAAGGUCUGGAAAUGCGUCGCAAAUGCUUCUUUCUGCUCCAGGUGUGUGCCGUCGUAAGCCUCCUGCCGUCAGCCUCCUCAGCAGAUCUGACAUGUGAAGCUCUACUUAUGCUGUCAGGGAAUUUCUCAUUACAGUCCCUGGCGGCCUCCUUGAACCAAACCCUGGGCAACGCCACCGAUCAGUGGAGCGGCUCGGGACUCUACUGUGACACCUCCAUCGAUGGCAUCGGCACCUGCUGGCCCAGGAGCAGCGCCGGCCAGAUGGUGUCGCGACCCUGUCCGGAGAUGUUCCACGGGGUCAAGUACAACACCACCA